CUCAGAUACCAUUGUCACCGUUAACAACAGACAGCAACCUACCCCAAGCACACAUAUCUCUUGAAAUCAAAAAGUAUCACACAAAUCGGACAAAAUGGGCCGCUGGACAGACAGAGAAUCCGACGAUCAACGUCUCCCCGACGGGAUGCAACGAGUCGGAUAUGACGCCGACACGCAACGGCAUACCUUCCAGUCCUCGAAUGGCGCGCUCUUCCAGGGUCCGGCGGGAGCUCGAUAUGGACGAUUAACACCAUAUGGGUCGGAACCGCGACCUAUGACAAUGGAAGAGGACGAAGCAAUGAAAGAAGGCAACCGCGAAGCCUGGCGCUACCUUCUCCCCUUCCUCCUCCUCGUCGUGCUAGUGCUGUUCCUGCUGUUCAAACUAGUGAACACCGGGCCCGGGUCGACGCCGGAGCCGCCGCUGCGCUGCGCGGAUGGGAGUCAUGCAUACGUCGUGCAGCGGGGUGAUACGUGCUGGGAGAUCGUGCAGAGAGCGGGGGUGGGGUUGCAGGAUUUGAUGGAGGUGAAUCCGGGGAUGGAGUGCGAUCGGUUGCGGGUGGGGAAGGCGAUUUGUGUGCCGGAUGGGCGGUAGGGAUUGCGAGUAAUUUGUUUGGAAGCGUGGUUCUUUGGAGUUUAUUAGGCGUUGCAUGCCAGUCAGUCCUUACUAUUGCUGAGUCUGGUGCACAUGUUGUGGUUUCAUUCGACAAUACUGAGCGGAUAUCCCCCUGUCCCUAGAAGGAUUGACCCUAUGCCCUGACUGACCAAGUCCAUUGAAUGGGAAUGAUCUCAGCUACUUGAAUGAGGACAUCACCCGAUCAGGGCGGAUUUAUCCUAAGUCGAAUUUCACUGCAUUAGUGGGCAGCUCCAACAUUAAACCAACAAUCCACAGAUAUGUGUGUGGCAAGGAGAGCCCUUAUACUUCCAUUGCAGCGUGCUUCCAUUGCAGCGAUACCAUGCCUGGCGUUCCACUAGAAGAUUAAGAUCAUCGUA